AUGACAUCAAAGGACGGCUACUCAUGGACGAAGACCCAAGGUCUUCGAGCCGGUGUCCCUUCAAUUGGUGUGAUUGAACCGCCUUCUAAUGUUAAGAGCGCCGACACAGUCUAUGAUGUUAUUGUCGUGGGUGCAGGCUAUUGUGGUCUCACGGCUGCUCGAGAUGCGAGUUUGGCAGGCUUGAAAGUGCUGCUUCUAGAAGCACGCGACAGAAUUGGCGGUCGGUCAUGGUCUUCCAACAUCGAGGGAUACCCAUACGAGAUGGGUGGAACAUGGGUAUUUUGGGGACAGGCCAACGUAUGGCGCGAGAUUGCAAGAUACGGCAUGCAGGACGAGUUGGAGAUAUCUUAUGACUUUUCCAGAGGCAUCAAUAAGUAUUUGCUAUCAAGCCCGCAGGGUACACAGACCUUCACCCACGAAGAAGAGGAUGCGCUGAUGCAAUCCUCACUCGCCAAACUCGUCAACGUCGACGGAUGCCUGGGCAAAACCGUCGUUCCUUUCCCCCACAGUGGUGUCCUCACCCCAGAGGCCCGCAAGUACGACCACAUGUCCGUCGCCGACCGCCUUGCCGAAAUCAAGAACGACCUUACACCCAACGAACGACUUUGCGCCGAGUCAUUCGUCCUUCUCUGCAGCGGAGGCACUCUCGAGACAACAAGCUUCUAUGAGUUCCUCCACUGGUGGGCACUGAGUGGCUACUCCUACGAGGGCUGCAUUGACUAUCUUGUCAAGUAUAAGUUCCGUGGCGGCCAGUCGUCGUUUGCCAUCAACUUCUUCAAGGAGGCUCUGGCGUCAGGAAACUUGACAUACGCCUUCAACAGCCCGGUUGCUACCAUCCAGCACGGCGGCAAUGGUGUUCAGAUUACAACGCGCGCUGGCCAGACGUACAAGAGCACGAAGAUGAUUUGCGCCAUUCCGUUGAAUGUUUUGAACGAUGUGACAUUCGAUCCACCUUUGGCUCCGGGACGGAAAGCAGCUGCUGCUACCGGCCAUGUCAACCAAUGUGUCAAGGUCCACGCUGAAAUCAGUGACCGAGAUCUUCGUUCGUUCACGGGCAUCAGCUAUCCGCACAACGGACUUAUCUACGGCUUCGGAGACGGAGAGACCCCGGCGGGCAACACGCAUGUGGUGGCAUUUGGCGGGCAGCACAACCACUUCCACCCGGAAGAGAACCUCGAACAUACAAAGGCAGCGUUCCAGGGUUUUGCGCCCAUGAACAUCGAGAGACUGGUCUUCCACAACUGGUCCAAGGAUGAAUUCGCCAAGGGAGCUUGGUUUUUCCCUGCGCCAGGUUUGCUAUCCACGCAUUUGAAGGAUAUGAGAGCAAGAGAGAGCAACAUCGUAUUUGCUUGCUCUGACUGGGCCUUGGGAUGGCGUAGCUUCAUCGACGGCGCCAUCGAAGAGGGAACCCGCGCUGCUAUUACUGUGCGAGCCGAUUUCGCCGGCCGAGCCAAGCUGUGA